AUGGCUGGAUUCUGUCACGACGACCCGUACUUUCCAAAUGAAGGUAACAUAGGAAGGCUCGAAGCAGAGUCUGACGAUGAACACCAAAUUCCGUUGGAUGAUCAUCAAGCUGAAGGCUUCUCAGAUAGAUCAGACUCUAAGCCUGAAGUCAACAACCUACCACUCGUAGGUCAACCCCCGAACAACAACCCUCGACCAGCUUUUCCAGAUCCUACUCCCCUAUGGGCAAACCACUUGAACCGUUGGAGUGAAGAACAGGGUCAACCCUUACCAUACUUUGGGGACCGAAGCUUUCACAACGUCAGCAAUGGUGGCUCUGCUGACCGAGCCCUGCCUGUCAUUAUCCGCAGGAUAGCUCGUAAUGUCGAGCAAGGUAGAGCAGCCAUUGACCAAGUCAUGGAAAUUGAAGCCAACUCAGGUGUCAACACAGUCCGCAUCCGCUGUCUUGAAGAAGACAUGGAACGGACCCGGAGAACCAAUGAACCCUACAGCAACAUCUGGUUGCCUCUCAAGCUGAAGUCAUGGAACUCCGAACUUGCCAAAGUGCUCAUGAGCAACACCUUCAAGAGAUGGACCGUCAAAUGA